AUGGAGAUCUCCGAGGAAGAGGACCCGGUAGACUCCCAGGUCUUGGACUACCAGUCGCUUCAGACCAUCACCAGAAUCGCCUCUGACCUGCGAACACGCACCUUAUCCGUCUCUGCCGCCUCCCAUCCCAAUAGACCGCCGGGAACCGUGGGGGAGGAGGACAAGGAAGACCCCCUGCUGGAUCCCAACAGUCCGGAUUUCGACCACUACCGAUGGGCCCAGAUGACCCUCAUGUCGGCGCAGGAGGCAGGCAUCACCAUGCAGGGCCAGGGCGUCGCCUUCUCCAACCUCUGCGUCUCGGGCUCCGGCGCCGACCUACGCUACCAGGAGACCGUCGUCUCGACCUUGACGCUGCCCUUCCGCCGCGCUGCCAGGACACUGUUGGGAACCCGCCAGGCGUCUGCCACCCGGCGGCGACGCAUUCUGAAUGGCUUUGACGGCUUGCUGCAGAGUGGCGAGCUGUUGCUCGUGCUCGGGCGCCCCGGCAGUGGCUGCUCGACCUUCCUCAAGACCCUGUGUGGCCACCUCGGCGGCCUCACUCUCGAGCCGCAGAGUCAGAUUCACUACCAGGGCAUCGGUUACGACCACAUGAUCAAGCAGUACCGUGGCGAGGUGGCCUACAACCAAGAGAUCGAUGAACAUUUCCCCCAUCUGACCGUCGGCCAGACCCUCUCCUUUGCCGCCGCCGCUCGCGUACCGGGCCAGCGCAUCGAGGGUCUCUCUCGCCCGGAAUACGUCGACCUCAUCGUCAAGGUCGUCAUGGCCGUCUUCGGCCUCACACAUACCUUCCACACCAAGGUCGGGGACAACUUCGUCCGCGGGGUCAGUGGAGGCGAGCGCAAGCGGGUCAGCAUCGCCGAGAUGUUCCUCUCCCGCGUCCGCAUCGGCGCCUGGGACAACAGCACCCGCGGUCUCGACGCCGCCUCGGCCUUGCAGUUCGUCAAGGCGCUGCGCGUCUCCGCCGACCUGUCCCGGUCCUGUCAUGCCGUCGCCGCCUACCAGGCCUCCCAGUCCAUGUACGAUCGCUUCAACAAGGUCAUCCUGCUCUACGAGGGCCGUCAGAUCUACUACGGCCCCGUCGACCGCGCCGUCGACUACUUCCAGGCGAUGGGCUGGAAGCGGGAGCCCCGUCAGGUCGCCCCGGACUUCCUGACCGCCAUCACCAACCCGGCAGAGCGACAGCCCCGGCCCGGAAUGGAGGGCAAAGUCCCCCGCACCCCGGCCGAGUUUGCCGAAUACUGGAAGCAGAGCCCCGAGUGCAAGGAUCUCCACCGGCAGAUCGCCCAAUAUCAGGAAGCCCAUCCGAUCGGGGGCGAGGGCGCCCAGAGGUUCCAGGCAAGCCAUGUCGACCAGCAGGCCCGGCACACGCGACCGACCAGCCCCUAUCUGCUCUCCGCGCCCAUGCAGGUCCGCUUGUGCCUGCGCCGAGCCUUCCAGAGACUCCGCAACGAUCUCCCCACCGCCAUGUCGACGGUCAUCGUCCAGGUCGUUCUCUCCCUCAUCAUCGGAUCCAUCUUCUACAACUCGCCGGACGACACCAGCGCCUUCUUCGAAAAGGGCGCCGUCCUCUACAUGGCCGUCCUCAUGAAUGCCCUCAUCACCGUCAACGAGAUCAUGAUGCUCUACAGCCAACGGCCCAUCGUGCAAAAACAGGUCCGCUAUGCAUUCGUCCACCCCUUCACCGAGGCCCUCGCCAGCAUCCUGUCCGAUCUCCCCAUCAAACUCGCCCGCUGCUCCAUCUUCAGCAUCAUCCUCUACUUCAUGGCCAACCUCCGCCGCGAGCCCUCCCAGUUCUUCAUCUUCUACCUCUUCCUCAUCACCACCAUCCUCACCAUGUCAGGCAUCUUCCGCAGCCUCGGCGCCCUCACCAAGACCAUGGGCCAGGCGAUGGGUCUCGCCGGCCUCACCAUCCUCUCCUUUGUCGUCUACGCCGGCUUCGCUUUGCCUCAGACCUACAUGCACCCGUGGCUCUCCUGGAUCCGCUGGCUCAACCCCGUCUACUACAGUUUUGAAUCUCUCGUCAGCAAUGAGUUUCACGGCCGUGAGUUCACCUGCUCCGCCGUCAUCCCUCCCUACGCCAAGGGUGAUUCAUUCAUCUGCUCGGCCGUCGGUGCCGUGGCCGGCCAGAUGACCGUGUCCGGGGACCGUUUUAUCGAGCAGAACUAUGGAUACACCUACGCGCAUAUCUGGCGCAACUUUGGCAUCCUGCUGGCCUUUAUGCUCUUCUUCACAUGCCUCUACCUCUUUGCGUCCGAGAUGAACACCGGCGGCGAGUCCAAAGCGGAGGCCCUGGUGUUUCGCCCCGGUCACGCGCCCCGCCAUCUUCAGGAUACCAAGGACGUGGAACGGCCGCCGUCGGCGGAUGCUGCCGCCCGCAGCCCAGAGGCUCUCCUCGAGGCACAGAUGAGAAAUCUGCCCCCCCACCAGGAUACCCUGAUGUGGAAGGGCCUGCAGUAUGAGAUCCCCGUCAAAGAGGGUACCCGUCGAUUGCUCGACAACGUCAAUGGCUGGGUGAAACCGGGCACGCUCACCGCGUUGAUGGGGGUCUCGGGAGCGGGCAAGACCACCCUGCUCGACGUCCUCGCCCAGCGAGUCUCCCUCGGGGUGGUCCAGGGUGACAUCCUGGUCAACGGCAAGGCAUUAGAGUCCAGUUUCCCCCGCCGAACGGGUUACGUCCAACAGCAAGACCUGCACCUGGAAACCACCACCGUCCGCGAGGCGCUUCGCUUCAGUGCGGUGUUACGACAGCCGCGGUCCGUCUCCAUCACAGACAAACACCAAUACGUGGAGGAGGUCAUCCAUAUGCUCGGCAUGGAAGACUUUGCCGAGGCUGUCGUCGGCUCCCUGGGAGAGGGCCUGAAUGUCGAGCAGCGGAAACUGUUGAGCAUCGGGGUGGAGCUUGCCGCGAAGCCUACCCUACUGAUCUUUCUGGAUGAACCCACCAGCGGUCUGGAUUCGCAAAGCUCCUGGACCAUCUGCGCCCUCCUUCGGAAGCUGGCGGACCACGGGCAGGCGGUGUUGGCCACCAUCCACCAGCCCAGUGCCCUGCUCUUUCAGUCCUUUGAUCGCCUGCUCUUCCUCGCGCAGGGAGGGCGAACGGUCUACUUUGGCGACAUUGGGGCCGAAUCGCAGACGCUGCUCGACUACUUUGUGCGCAGUGGCGCCCGCGCCUGCGAGGAACUGGAGAAUCCCGCCGAGUACAUUCUCGAGAUGGUCUCGGGUAACGGUGCCCCCGGUGUCAACUGGGUGGACACCUGGAACCAAAGCGUGGAACGCAAGGAGGUGCUGGAGGAACUAGACCGGUUGCUCGCGCUGUCAACCACCUCCUCUACUACUACUACUACUACUACUACCACCCCCGGCGAUGACGACAUCGUACGUGAAGACUACGACCGUGAAUUCGCGCUGCCGCUGUAUGCACAGUUCCGGUAUGUGGCGGCACGGGCCUUUCAGCAGUACUACCGUCAGCCUGAGUACAUCCUCGCCAAGUUUCUGCUGGGUAUCUUCGCUGGUCUCUUCAUCGGGUUCUCAUUCUGGAAGGCCAACGACUCGGAGCAAGGGUUCCAGAACGCGCUGUUCAGCAUUUUUCUCAUGUGCACCAUCUUCUCCAGUCUGGUCAACCAGAUCAUGCCCAAGUUCGUGCUGCAACGCUCGCUGUACGAAGUCCGCGAACGGCCUUCGCGCGUGUACUCGUGGAAGGUGUUCAUCCUGUCGCAGGUGCUGGUCGAGAUCCCCUGGCAGGUCCUGUUGGGCAUCUGCGCCUGGGCCUGUUUCUUCUUCUCGGUGUUUGGGGUCGACGGCAGCUCGCAGACCCAGGGCUUGGUCUUGCUGUUCAUCGUUCAAUUCUACAUCUUCGCCUCGACCAUGGCGCAGCUGGUGAUCGCCGCAAUCCCCGUCCCCCCGCUGGCCGGCAUGCUGACCAUCCUGAUGUUCGGUCUGUCCUUCAUCUUCAACGGCGUGCUGCAGCCGCCCAGUGCACUGCCUGGAUUCUGGAUCUUCAUGUACCGCGUGUCACCCUUUACCUACUACAUCGGGGGCAUUGCAGCCACCGCGCUCCACGGCCGCUCUGUGCAAUGUUCCCCGAGCGAGAUGAGCGUCUUCAACCCGCCGUCUGGCGAGACCUGCUACCAAUACCUGGAACAGUACCUCGAGGCGACCGGGGUCGGCACCCUGUCCCGCCCAAAUGCGACGUCCAACUGCGAGUACUGCUCCAUGUCGUCCGCCGACGAGUACCUGGCGGAGCGCAACAUCUACUACUCGCAGCGCUGGCGUAACUACGGGCUCUUCUGGUGCUACUGUGUCUUCAAUGUGGCGGGCACAGUCCUGCUGUACUAUCUCUUCCGCGUCCGGGUGUGGAGGAGGAAGAAGUGA